ACCUUGCUUUUUUAGGACUUUCACUUUGCUUUGUGUAGGAGAGGUAGCAAUCGUUAUUGGGGAGCUCAAUUUUGGAGAGCCAACCACAAAGGAAAUAUGCAGUGUUCAGAAGAGGCUCUUCUUAGGCUAUUCUACAACCUCUCAAGCUCCUUCUUCCUCCUGCUCCUCUUCCUCUACUCCUCCUCUGUUCUCCUCCUCAAGCUCUUCCACUUCAUCGGCAGCUAUCCCCUCAUACAAAGAAAUCAAUAUGAUUAUGGUAUGUUUUCCGAAGAUGAGCAGGAAGAAGAAGAAGAAGAAUACAAUGAUAGGUACAAUUACCAUGUCAAUUACAUGGCAGAAGAACACCUGGGCGCCAACAUAAUCCGCAGCGGCGAAUCAGUUGCGUUCUUGUCUGAUCAACAUGAUGCUGAAGAGGAUCAAGAGUAUCCCAUGAACACCCAUGAACAAAUAAGCUAUGAAGAUCAAGAACAUUCAACUCACAAUUCUACAGAACAGUUCUCUGCUCCUGAAUCCCAGGUAAUUUCAGAAUCAGAGCAAAAUGAUGAUGAUGAUAAUGAAGAUGGGUCGGUAGAAGAACAGGUUCCAUCAGAAGAUGCGGAUUCACUUCAGAAAUCUGAUGCAAAUCAAAAGGGUCCCACCGAACCAAUAAUCAUAGAACUCAGCAAAAGUACAUCUAAUAGGCUGGACAAAGAUGAACAUAAUGAUCAUCGCGGAAGGCGAUUGGAGGCAGAGAAGCUUGAGAUUCAACGAAAAGAUGAUGAAGAGAUCUUCGGUGACUCCUGCACUGUCGGUUCCACUUCCAAGAGCUCUUCCGAGUGGAGAAGCUCCAUCAAUUGCAGAGAUUCUACUACCGAUGACCCUUUCUCUUCUUCGUCACGAAGGAGUUGUCGUAAGUGGGAAUCCUACACGGUUUUCCAAAAAUAUGAUGAGGAAAUGAUGUUCCUACACAGAAUCAGUGCCCAGAAACUCCAAGAAACAGAAUCACUUAGGUCUAUACAGGCCUGUCCCAGAUCGAUUUCAGAAAGAAUAGUGUACAAGAUUGCUGCAAUCAAUAAAAAGCCAUCAGACAUCCGACACAACCCAUAUCAUGAACUGGAAGCUGCAUACGUUGCUGAGAUUUGUUUAACAUGGGAAGCUCUGAAUUGGAACUACAAGAAUUUUGAACAGAAGAGAACUGCUCGCGGUCAGGGUUUCGACAUCGGUUGUCCAGCCGGUAUUGCUCAGAGAUUUCAGCAGUUUCUGGUUCUUCUUCAGCGUUACGUGGAGAAUGAGCCUUAUGAGCAGGGGAGGAGGCCGGAAAUCUAUGCCCGGAUGAGGCUUUUGGCACCCAAAUUGCUUCUGGUGCCAGAAUAUAGAGAUUCUGAGGAUGAUCAAAAGGAUGAAGGUUUUGGGUCAAGAAUUUCAUCAGCAGCAUUUCUUAUGAUAAUGGAAGACGGGAUCCAAACUUUUAUGAAUUUUCUCAAGGCUGACAGGGAAAAGCCCUGCCAAAAAAUCAAAUCCUUCUUUGGGAAGCCAAGAAGAGGUUCAGUAGAUCCAGCUCAUCUCAAUCUUACGAAGAAACUUAAUAAAAAAAAAAAGAUGAAGCUAAAGGAUCUUCGGCGAGCUCGGAAAUGCAUAAGAAAAAGAAAAUUAAAGGGGGAUGAAGAGAUGGAGAUCUUGAUGGGUCUAAUUGACCUAAAAGUCGUGUCAAGGGUAUUGAGAAUGAAAGAUCUAAGUGAGGAGCAGCUGCAUUGGUGUGAAGAGAAGAUGAGCAAAGUGAAGGUUUUGGAUGGGAAACUUCAAAGAAAUUCCUCCCCGCUUUUUUUCCCAGCACAUUGAGAUUUGGGACCCACCAAAGCAAAGAAACGUUGUGCUUGAUGACUAGAUCAAUUUGCAAGGCUGCACAAAAAUGAAUAUCCUAGGGAACUUUUUGUAAAUACGGUAAAAUAUGUAGGAGUGGGGGUCCUACAUAUCAAAGUAAGUUCAUGUGGAGGUGACAUGAGUGAAGAGUAAAGAUUGGGUAAGGGAUUAGUGAUUUUUCAUGAAGAUAUGGAAGUGUGGAAAGAGCAGACACAAAGCAAGGAAACAUGGAGGGGAUAGAGACAAGGGUACGUAGCUUUAAUUUGCUUUUUUUCUUUUUAAAAUUAGGGUUUAUCUAUAAGGAUUUGGAAUGAAUUAAAAGAAGAAAAGAUCAGAGGAAUAAAAAGGUUGCACAUGGCACACUGAAAGGGUAGUCAGCAGUGUCCUCAUAUGCCCCACUUAGACUUGGAAAAGAAGGAGAAAGUAUAAUAAAUGGGUAUAUCAUGACGCAUCAAAAAAAAGGGGUAUGUCAUUAUCAACUAUUUGUUCAAAUUAAGGUGAAUCUCCAAAAACAACAUAGAGGUUUUACUUUUCACGAUGUAUGAGAAAAUUAGUGUUGUCGAUUUGGAUAUCAUCUGGGAUUUUGAAUAGCAUUGACGUAUAUAAAAGAUAUGAAUUGAA